UCCCCACCCCCCUCCCCGUCUCUCCUCUCCCCGCCCUGUUGCUCGCUCGCUCGCUCGCCCCUCGUCCGUCGCUCCUCUCGCCGCACCGGGUUCUUGGGAAAAAACGCUCCUCCCCCCUCUCUCUCUCUCUCCAUUGUCGGCCCGCCUCGCCUCCUUCACCUUCCCCUUUUCCCAGCCCCUGCUGCCCGGAAUCGCCGAUCCGCCGGCGCCACUGACCCGGCACGAUGGCCCAAUCCCGCUCCAUCCUGACAUCCCGUCAGCAAGAGGAGCUCAAUUUCUCGAUCCUCUCAUACCUUCACCAGAAUGGCCUGGGCGAGUCGGCCGCGGCCUUCGCACGCGAGGUCCCCCUUGACGGUGUGGACCCGGCCGACUCCGCAACCUUUUCCUCGACCAAGUUCGCCUCGCUGUUGGAGAAGAAGUGGACAUCGGUGGUCCGUCUCCAGCGCAAGGUGAUCGAGCUGGAGAAGCAGGUGGCCGAGCUCCAGACCGAGCUGGCAGCCGCCCCUGUGCGCGUCGAUACCUCCACACGCGAUUGGCUCCCUCGUGCUCCCGAAAAGUUCAUCCUCACUGGUCACCGGAGCCCCGUUACCCAGGUGUCUUUCCACCCGGUCUAUACCGUUGUUGCCUCCUCCUCCGAAGAUGCCACCAUCAAGCUCUGGGACUAUGAUACCGGGCAUCUCGAGCGGACUUGUCGUGGCCAUACAAACACCGUGCAGGACCUUGCAUACAGCCCGAAUGGCAAUCUUCUUGCCUCGUGUUCGGCCGACUUGACCAUCAAGCUCUGGGACGCGUCGGACGACUACACCUGCGUGCGGACACUCAUCGGCCACGAUCACAAUGUGUCAUCGGUGGCUUUCAUCCAGCCGCGCGGUGAGCUCUUGGUGUCUGCCUCGCGGGACAACACCAUCCGCAUUUGGAACAUCACUUCCGGCCACUGUGUCCGCACGAUCACCUCGGCCCAUUCGGAUUGGGUUCGCCGGGCGAUUCCCUCCCAUGCCGGGGCAUUCAUCGCCUCGUGCUCCAAUGACCAGCUGGUCAAGAUUUGGGACACCCGGACAGGCAACUGCCUGCAGACCAUGGGCGGUCACUCACAUGUGGUGGAGUGCGUGGUCUGGGCGCCCCACCUGGCCGAGGCUCCCCUACGUGAGCUCCUCGGCUUGCCGAAGGUAACCGCAGCGGCGGCACGGCGAGCGGCGCGUGAAAGUGCCGUGCCUGGCUCGCCUGACGGCACUGACACCACCGCUGAGGGCGAUGGUCCCGCGGUCCAGGAGAGCCUGCACUACGUGGCCACUGGCAGUCGUGAUCGGACAAUCAAGCUCUGGGACACUCGGACUGGCCAGUGUGUCCAUACCUUUAACGGCCACGAUAACUGGGUCCGAGCGCUGGCCUUCCACCCGUCCGGUAAAUUCCUCCUGUCAGUCGCAGAUGAUAAAACCCUCCGGAUAUGGGAUCUCUCCAACGGCCGGUGCAUCAAAACAAUCGAGGCUCACUCGCAUUUUGUCACCAGCCUGGACUUCUGCCUGACCAGUCCGCUGCUCGCCACUGGCUCUGUCAACCAAGACAUCAAGCUUUGGGAGUGCCGCUAAAUCGUCGAGCCGAAGAGGGAAGACGAAAGAAGAAGAGACACAGAAGAUCAAAGGCCACCAUCGCGUGAGACUUUGCCACCGGUCAUGCGGCUUUUGAUAGUCCUCUCUUUCCCUUUCCCCUUAUAUCACCCAGCUCUCCAGGGCCUAGAAAGGGUCCUCCUCCAGCGCGAUACUCUCCUUCCCCACUGUCCCUCCCUCCUUCUCUCUCUCUCUCUCU